AUGGUUAUUGUUGAUAAAAUUUUUCUUUUCGCCUUUCAUUCCAAUUUUUAUCAGUUUUUAUCUGUUAAAUCUAUUUUUAUAUUUUUUUUAGCUUUUAAGGCUUUUUUUAGUCAAUUCCCUCUCAGUUUCCACAAAAUUAGCCAAAGAAGAAUGACGAUGAGCAGAGUUUAUAUUGGCAAUUUGUCUUCCCGUGUUACCGACCGAGAGCUUGAACAUUUCUUUAGAGGAUUUGGAAAAAUACGUGAUAUAAUGUUAAAAAACGGAUUUGGAUUUGUGGAAUUUGACGACUACCGUGAUGCUGAGGACGCUGUGUAUGAACUAAAUGGACGUGAACUUUGUGGGCAUAGAGUUGUUGUGGAAAUUUCUCAUCGUUCUCAGCAACAACAACAAUAUCGAAGUGGAAUGCGAUCCCGUGAUGGCCGUGUUAAUGGACGUUUUCCUCCGCCAAGAGAGACACGUCAUCGGAUGCGUGUUACCAAUUUGUCAACCCGAUUUUCUUGGCAGGACCUAAAAGACAUGAUGAGGGAUGCAGGCGAAGUUACUUAUGCUGAUGCCCACAAAAGAGUUCGAAAUGAAGCGCUAGUUUGUUUUGCUACGCACGAUGAUUUGCGCCGAGCUAUGGACAGAUUUCAAGGCAAAGAAAUCAAUGGACGCCGCAUAAAGCUUAUUGACGAUUCCUACAAUGGUGGGGGACGUCGUUCAUAUUCUCGUUCGCGUUCUCGAUCGCCUCGUAGCCGUUCACGCAGUCGUUCAUACUCGAAUGACCGUCGUUCUACUUCUGCGCGUUCACGUUCGCCACCUCCAGAACCAUCUCGUUCACGAAGCACUUCACCAGUUCCUGCUAAAAAUGCUGACGAUGCUGAGAGUAUCGAGAAACGUAGCCGCUCUCGUUCUGCUUCGGUUGGAUCUGAAAAGAAUUGAAGAAGAGGUAAUAGUGUCGUUUCCAGUCCACAUUUUUCCUCCCCAAUUU